AUGGAGCUACACGACAUACGGCGAAAAGUCGAGAGCGAAAACAACAACCGCAUCCACAUCGCGAAGGCCAAAUUCCGAAAUUGCUUAUGCCUGUUCAACAGCUACUCCAAGUGCUACCUGAACAUCAAGAAAAGCUCCAACAGGGAAACUUCCAAAUAUGAUAAAAUAUAUGGAAAUGAAAACAUCAGAAUUAGGGAGGAAAAAAAGGCAAACAAUUCGACCAAAGAAACAUCCCUGGAGUUUACAUAUCCCUACCGGUAUGAACAGAAUAGAAGCGUCUUCCUAAUUAUAAACAGCGAAAACAUCAAUUCUGGAAACUCCAGCAUAUGCCACAAUGACAUUAUAUACAUCAUAUAUAACAAUAAAAAGUAUGAACAUGUUAAUGUGCAGAAGAGGAAAAAGAAGAGGGAAAAAAUAAGGAAAAAGAAGAAGAAAAAAAAAGACGCCUUACAUGAUGGGAAAGGGGACAACUAUGGCAGUCUAAUCGGUUCCAUUCCGAACCAGCCGUUCGACACCAACCCGAUGUACAACAGCACUAUAUUCGAAACAAGCAACAUGAAUUUCGGCGAAACCUAUGAUAGUAAAAAAAAAAAAAAAAGGGAAAAAGCGGCCCAAGCGGGGAUAGACGCAUUAACAGCACAAGGAGCGUUAUCAAGUAAGACAGGCAAAUUAAAAAAUAAAAAAAAUUUCAUCUACUCAGAUGAUGACGAUUCGGACAAUAACUACGAACACAUCUUUACACACAUCAAUUCGAAUCUCCACUUUUUGAGUGUCUCCAAUGAUCACAUAGAGAAAGAAAAGAACUUAUACAUCCAAAACGAAAGGUACGUCAACUGUAAGGAUGUCAUAUUUAGAAAAAUGAAGUUUAAAAAAACCAUGUUCCUCAACUUGGACACGUAUAACUCGUGGAUUAUCAUUAAGAAGAGCAUACUGGUCAAUGAGUACCUGAGCCGCUUGGCCAAAAACGACUUAGUCGACAUAAACGACGUUCUUUACGACGUCGUCAACAUGCCUAGCAGAGUGCUGAACUGUUACACCAAGGUGUACAUAAAUGAUUACUUCCUACUUAUUAAUAAUAAGACCAAAGAAAUCUUGGGCGUCCAAAAGGUCCCAGCGGGACAACCCUCCAUGGCUACUGCUCACAAGGGUAGUACCCACAGAGGUAGUGCCCAAACGGUUAGUUCCCACACGGAGGGGGAAACUAAUCCGGACAAAAAGGAACCCUCCUUUAGAAACUCCAUGGAGAACUCCGAAUCCAAAUACUACAACCUUGUGCUCAUAAAAAAAAUGAGCCUUAGCCACCUCUUCGGAACCGCCACAGAUAUCAACAUCACCUUCGCCUUCCACAAUGUAUGCCUCACAAGUUACAACAAAAUUAAUGACAACAGCUCCUACAUGCUCAUCUAUAACUAUAAUCUAACCAGGGAGAGUCAAAUUUUUUUAAUAAAAUCCAGUAGUCAAAAUGAGCAGAUAAGAGCACCCGACUCGCACAACAUCCAACAAGGAACCAGCCACGAAGACUACCUCUAUUUUAAUAACUAUAUAACGAAGAAGAUUGCGGAAAACUACCUCAGUUACAGUCUGUACAUUAAGGAGUGCCUCAUAAUCAUCGACAUUUUAUAUGUCCUCAAUAACAGCCAUGGGAACCUGAUUUACAUUAAGGAACACUACAAGUACGACCAUCAGACGUACUACUCCUACGUGUGCGACGUACUGCAGAGGGGCAGGAGGCACCCCGAAUUGGGGCGGGACGCGAAAGGCGACUCCAGCUCGGUGUACUCCCUGUCGUCGGACAGCGAACAGGAUGAUAGCGAUGAGGGUGACGACGAUGGGGGUGACGACGAUGGAGGUGACGAUGAUGAGGGUGACGGCGGUGGAGAUGCUGCUAACGAUGAGGAAUCCUCCGCGUCCGCCUCGACUGACGCCUCCACCGCCUCGUCAGAGCAGGUCAUAGCCAAAGCCAACCUGACCUCUGAAGAGAAGCAACUCUUCGAUGAGAUGAACAACGACCUGGUGUACCUGAUGCCGAAGUAUAAGCUAGUGUUUCACCCGCUCCUGCUGAGCGAUCGAGAAAGCAACAGCAGCCACUUGGAAAUCACGAGGGAAAUAUUAAAGCUAGGAAUUUGCCUAAGGCGCAUCCAGCGAUUCAUCGAAAUUAACAAGAGAGGACAAUCCUGCAACUCUACAUUCGACAUGUUCUGUUGCUGCCUGUACAACAUCAGCAUGCACAUCCUAAACCACGUCAGCAAAAUUGAAGAAAAUGUUAGGAACAUUUAUAAUUUUUCUAAAAUUUAUAUGAAGGAUGGCACUGCGGGGGGUGGGGCCUACUACCCCCCAGGGGGAAACAAGACGUGGGAACAAAUCCCUGGGACAGAAACACAAACAAGAUUUAACGACCUACCCAUGUGUCUGUUUGACGCAAAUGCAUUAUCGACAUGCACAGAUCCAGAGGAGAAGAAAAUUUUCUUCAGCAUCAACAAUUUGUUUCGCAAAAAUGUACACGACUUUAACCUCUUCUUCAACAUCAACAUUGAUAAGGCAGAGGACAUUUCUCUAUACAAAAUAAAAAUCAUUGUCUUGCCACUCCUCCAGAUAGCCAAACUGCUGAACAAAAUCAUUAACAAAAUUAUUACCAAGAAACAGAUGAACAAUUCGAAAUACCUAAUCGAUCUCAUUUACAAACUACAGGAGUACCUACACUCAGAUAGCAUCAACAAAACGGUGCUUAUGUAUUUGCUAAAAAAUAUUACCACUCCUUUGUUUGACUUUAUAAAAAAUUACAUCUUCUACGGAAAGGUCAAAGACACACAUAGAGAAUUCUUCAUCCACGAAAAUAGGAACAUCACCCCUUAUUAUAAACAGACCAACAAAUUUUACUGUACCAAUAUAUUUAAGUACAUUUACAAAAGAUAUAUAGACAUGUCUACUAACUAUUGGGGAGCUAAGUAUGUCAUCCUCAAUAGUAAGGUUCCUACUUUCCUGAGGAAUGUAUCUUAUCACAUUUUCAUCACGGGAAAGUACAUUGACGUCCUUUCCGCGUGCUCCAAAUUGUUGACUCUUCAAAGCAGGCGUAGACAUCGCCUAUGUAUGGACGGGGCGGACUCCCACAAUGAUAGUGCCACUCGUGGGUGGGGCGCAUCAGAAGUAGACAACCUAUCCGUGUACGCAGCAUCUAAAAGGACGAACCACGGGAGGGAGAGUAGCUCCUCCCCCCAAGGUGAAAUCUACCAAAGGGAGGCAAAAAACCCGUGGGAGGAACAAGAAGAAGGAGAAGAAGAACAGGAUGAACAAGACGAACUGUACAACAGCAACACCAACCGGCUUCAUAACAACAAAACAUGCCUCCUAAUAUACGAUGGAAACAAAAAGACGUACGAGCACCUCAUACACAAUCAACACCUAUUUGCUUCCAAAAAAAUGUUCGAACUUUAUAUAAAAAAAAUAGACAUCAAGGAAAAAAUAAAGCAUCAUUAUUUUUUUUUCUUCCUCCAAAUUAGUGACUAUUUAAAAUAUUUCUACAUCCUAGCUCAUGAACAUCUGGAAAAGCUGUACAAUAGCAAAAAGAACAGCAACGUGCUGAACAAGCUGAGAAACUUUUUCGACAUAUCUUUGAGGUCGUCUGUACUGUACCAUCUUAAGUAUCGGCAUGACUACAACGUAGACGUGUCCGACAUUCUAAGUAUCAUCGAUAAUGUGAACCUCAUUAUCGACUUGAGGAAUUUCUACCUGAAUAUCAGCCAGGUCCACGUUGGAAGAGGGGAUCAGGAAGAUGCCCUAGACAAUGACCAAGCCAACGAUGGAACGGCGCUACUUACGUGGCAGCAGAGGGAAGAUCAAAGUGGACCCUACUACCAGAAGGGUCACCUUCAAGAUGGGAAUUCCCCUAGAGGGGCCCCCGCUCAAUCAGAGGAUGACACAGACUUGGACAGCGAAACGGAGAGCCCCUCGGAGGCGGACCAACAUCAAGGGGGGGCAUCCCUCACAAUGAAGGAACAAAAAAAUAGGAAGACAAAAAAGAAAACCAAAAAAAAGAUGCAAAAAAGGAAAAAAAAAAAUUAUGGUACCUUGGGAAAGAACACCCAAAACGGACGAAACCUGGAACAGCAGCACCUGCUGGGAAAAAAAAAAAAAAUACUAGCCAACCUCAAAAAUAAUGUGCUCACUAACAUACACAAUAAUAUGCAGACCAACACAAACGUAGAAAUUUACAAAGGGCUAGUCCUCUCCUACCACAACAUGUUUCCAUACAAUUUGAUAUUCAAUAACGUAACCAUUUUUAAGUACACUCUCAUAUUUCGUUUUUUAAAUUACUGCAAAUAUAUUGAGCACAAGCUGACAGAGGUGUGGCUCAACCACAUGUUCGUAAAGAACAUAUUCAUAAAUGAGGAAUGCAGAAAUAAUCUGAUGAUGUGCAUACACACGAGGGAGUGUAUGACCCACUUCCUAAAGUGCUACACGUAUCACCUACAGAAUGAUGUGAUCAAGUCGGAGUAUACUCACAUGAAUAUCAAACUAAAGGAAACUCUCAUUUUUGACGACAUUAUACACAUCCAUAAUGCCUACCUUAAUAACAUCCUCAGGUACUCCUUCAUAAUGAACCAAAAUAUCAUUAACUCCAUUUUGAAGUUGAUAUCCAUAUCUCACAUUUUCACCAGACACAUUUUGAAAUUCAACUUUAACAAAAAUGAGCAGCUCGAACGUGUGUCGUCUCGCGAAAAUGCCAAGGGCGACCGCAGCGGGGGGAACCCUAACGGAGGUCACGACGGUCUAGGCAACCAGGGUACUCAUGGUCACCAUGACAGCAACAACGGACACGCAGGCGAAACCGAGAAGAAGAAAAAGAAAAAAAACAAUUAUCACCGGAAGUUUAUCCAAGAACUUCUCAGCGACCAGGCAUACAUCUCCAUGAUCCAUAACACCAUUAAGCACUACGACAAGCACUUUAGAAAUUUUUUCCUCCAUCUCACUGAUUAUGUUAGCAACAACAUCGAUGACUAUGCGCACAACUUUUUAAUCAAGCUGGACUACAAUUUUUAUUACACGAAUAAGUACAAGAUUAGCAACGCGCACGUGGCUGGUGAACCCAACGAGGAAGUAGAAGCGGAAGCUGCAGUGAACUCCGCUUCUGGUGAGUAUCGCACCGGAGGAGGAGAAGAACAUGAAGGUGUUGCUACACACGCCAGUUCGUUCCAACGGGGUAACCUUGCCCAGCGGGGGAGAAAUCUCGAUGGGCGAGUCGGCGGGCCGGCAAGCGGGAUUCCCACGAAUGGUGGAAGCCCUCUGUCUAGCCCCAACCGAUUGGCUUACAACCAGCAGUAUGGUCACACAGGAGACCAUCUUGCAGGCCAUCAUGCAGAUCAUUCCGCCGUCCCGUAUGAGCACCCCCCAGACCACGCCUCCCUCUCGCACGAACAGGCUACCUACGCCGCGGGGUACUCAACCAAUUAUGAGGCCAAUCCUCCCCAGGUGCAUUCCCGCCAACGAUAUGGCCACCCAUCAAGAGGCACAACUCACGGAGGCGACCAGGCGGACUACAACCGAAGCGCAAACGAGCACAGCGUACACUAUGCAGACAUGCACAGCCCAGUGGCGCACCGCAGGAACAAUUACCCUCAAACACACCUAAACAAGGAACACAUGCUAAGCGAAAACAGAUUCGCCCCGUAUCACCUCAGCAGUCAGAAUGCCCCAUACGGAGUUAACCCGUACGAGAAAGACGGGGACGGCUAUGACAGGCAAAUGGGCAACCCCUCCAACAGCGGUGCCACCUACAGCAAGCUAAAGAAGUACGGCGCGCAUAACAAUGAGAACCUACUCAGCAUGGAUGCGCCACGCAUCAACGCGGCCAUCAUUAAGCCGGCCAGCAUCAACGUCAGCGGCAUCGACGUGAACUCCGUCGACCAAAGCGCGUAUAAGAGCAAAUUCAUCCCGCAGUAG